UAUAUCUGCUUUUGUAGUCUCCCAAUUCGCCAUCAUCAUUUCCACCGAAAAUUCCGCAAUGGCUACACAAGUAAAAACCCAAAAAAAGCUUCACUUUGUGAUUAUACCCUUUAUGGCUCAAGGCCACCUUAUACCCCUAAUAGACAUAGCAAGACUACUAGCCAAACGCAAUGUGACCAUCACCAUUGUCACCACACCUCUAAAUGCCAUUCGAUUCAACUCAAUAAUCGACCGUGACAUAGAAUCCGGACUCCCAAUCCAAGUUUUGCGUCUCCAAUUUCCAAACUCCGACGCCGAAUUGCCCGACGGGUGCGAAAGCAUAGACACUCUACCAUCCCUUAGUCUGUUAAAGAAUUUCAUGCACGCCUUGGGCUUGUUACGGCAACCGUUUGAGCAAUUGUUCCAAGAGCUAAAACCAAGGCCAAACUGCAUAGUGUCCGACAAAAAUGUCCUGUGGUCCGUUGAUGUUGCCAGCAAGUUUGGUGUUCCUAGGAUUGUGUUUGAUGGUCUGAGUUGCUUUGCCGGUUCAUGUAUUCAUAGCUUGCACGUGUCCAAGGUCCACGAGAGUGUCGUUUCUGAAUCCGAGCCCUUUGUCGUUCCGGGCUUGCCCGACCGAAUCGAGAUCACGAGGGCUCAGCUCUCGGGAGCUUUCAAUCCGGGCCCGCACCAUUUUUUCAAGUUGACGCGUGAGAAAGUCAUUGAAGCCGAGGAAGGGGCAUAUGGGGUUGUGGUUAAUAGCUUUGAGGAGUUGGAAUUGGAGUACGUCAAGGAAUGCAAGAAAACGACCAAAACGGCAGGAAAAAAAGUGUGGUGCGUUGGGCCGGUGUCGUUUUGCAAUGACGAUGACUUGGACAAGGCUCAGAGAGGUAACCUCAAGGCCUCCAAUAACGAAGAAGAGUACUACUUGAAAUGGCUAGACUCGUGGGGUCCACGAUCGGUCAUUUACGCUUGUCUUGGAAGUCUAAGUCGCCUCAUACCUCCUCAACAAGUAGAGCUUGGUUUGGGAUUGGAGGAAUCAAAGAGGCCAUUCAUUUGGGUCAUAAGAGGAGGCUACAAGAGUGAAGAAUUUGAGAAGUGGCUAAAGAAAGAUGGGUUUGAGGAGAGAGUCAAAGGACGAGGCCUUUUAAUCCGUGGUUGGGCCCCACAAGUGCUAAUUUUAUCACAUCCUUCGAUAGGUGCGUUCUUGACACAUUGUGGUUGGAAUUCGACACUAGAAGGAAUUUGUGCCGGCGUGCCAUUAGUAACUUGGCCUAUGUUCGCGGAGCAAUUUUACAAUGAGAAAUUCAUCGUACAAAUAUCCAAGAUCGGUGUGGGUGUUGGCGCGCAAAAGGUUGUCCACAAUGGGGAUGAACAGAAAUUUGGGGUGCUCGUUAAGAGGGACCAAAUUACGGAGGCUAUUGACAAGGUCAUGGAUGCGGAGAAUGAUGGAGAAGAAACCAGAAAAAGAGCUCAAAAGCUAGCGGAGGCUGCAAAGAGGGCAGUACAAGAAGGAGGAUCUUCUUAUGUCAAUAUUACUUUGCUGUUAGAAGAUAUCAAAAAUUUGUGUGUAACACCCUAAUCUAGUAACCCUAGUUUGGAGGUGUUAACCUUUAAUAAUAUUUAAAGAUAAUAAAUGCGGAAA